AUGUCUUCAGACGACGCCUACAUGUCCUUCCUGAACAAGGCAAACUCAGACCUCAACAAUGCACGAGCAGAACAGGCGCAGUCGUCCGCCGUGCGCACCGAGACCGUCGACGUGGGCGUCCAAGUCCUCGCUCCCCUGAGAUCCGUCGAUGCGUACUACGUCUCCGAGACAGAUGAGCCCUUUGAGCCCGUCACGCUGAAAUGGGAGGGCGCGAAUAAAGGCAUCUGGCCUAGUCCUUCCCAGCUAUCCAAGCUGAUCUCCCCCGAUACCGACCUCUCCUCGUUCAUCGAGACCCUGACCCCUUCCACGUUUGAUCCGAAGAACCAGUACUCGUCUGCUCUGCGCGCGGUGCGCGCGGCGGUCACGCAGGCUUCAGGCAGUGGCGAGCCGGCAAUCAGUGAGUCUGAUGUCGAGGUCAAGGUGUAUCGGGUAAAAGUUGGCUCGUCGCGUGUGCAGUAUUACAUUCUGAGCUUGGAUGCUGAGGGGGGUACUCUUGUGGGGUUGAGAGCGAAGGCGAUUGAGUCAUAG